AUGUGUGUUAGAAAUUGCAGUUCAUAGUUAUUCUACUAAGAGUCAUCUUCAAAAUGUGUGGCUAUCUGCUCAAGCAAUGAAAUUGCUGAUAGCGAAUAUAGGAUUUGUAGAUCAUUAAACUUAUGCUCAAUUCUUUCUUAGCAAGGAAACAUAUUUCAUUCUUACCCUGUGUCAAACAUAUUAAUUUUGACUCCACAAAAUACAACUUAAGAAGUGAUAAUAUCCUUUAGUAACAAUGAUAAUAAUAUUUAUAUGUGGGAUUCUUAAAAUGGAUAAUUAAUAUCAGAAAUCAAUGUUCAUACAUCACCUGUUUUAAAAAUUAUACUCUUAGAAGACUAGAAUCAAAUUUUAAGUUUCUCAUAAAGUGGUGAGGUGAUUAUUUGGAACGUUAAUAAUGGAAAUAUCAGUUAAAAGUAUAAUGUUACUUUUGGACAGCUCACUGAAAAUAGUGAGUUAAAUGAUAGUAGAGAUAAAAUAUGUUCUUUUGGAUACUAAGGAGAAUUCUACAUAAAUGACUUGAAAAAUAAAAAUUAAAAGUAGUUUAUAGGGCAUUCAAAUAUAGUUGAGCAAAUAAUAUUUUUAAAUGAAGACAAUAGUGCUAUAACUUCAUCCUUAGAUAACACUAUCCUGUUUUGGGAUUUAGAGCAAGUAAAUUAUUAUCGCUUAUUGUGUGUCCAUAAUGGUCCUCCCUCUUAGAUUAGUUUACUGUAAAAAAAAUACCUCUUUUCUUUAGGCGGUUUAGGCUCUGAUGGCUUUUCUAUUAAAAUAACUGACCUUUCUGUUGCUUAGUCACAGUGUAAAAGCUAUAAUUUAAAUCAUAAAAGUCCAAUCAUAAAUAUGAUUUUAGAUUAAAGUCUAUCCAGACUUGCAUCUAGUUACAUUUAGCAUUCUUAGGAAGUUAAAUACUUAGAUUAUGAAGAUGAAUGUAGUAUUUUUGCAAGUACUUCUUUAGAUGGAUAAAUAUUUAUUUAUGACUUAACAACUGGAGUCUUAUUAUAAAAGUUUAUUCAUCCAUCUUAUGUAAAUACUAAUCCUUCCUAAUACCCAUAAGGUUUAUAUUUGUAAAUAUCUAGAGUUGGAGGAAUAGUUUGCGUUUCUUACAGUGACUUUAGUGUAGUUUGCUUUAAUGGAAUUACAAAAAAAGUAAUUUCUUCUAUAAAUAUGAAAGAAAAUAUACUUAAUAUACAUAAAGAUGAUAUAGGAAAAUAUAUUGCAAUAGUUACAUAAAACACUAUUAAUUCUUAUAAUAUAAUAACAGGAUAAAUAGAAUAUCAAUAAACUAUCAAAUCAGGAUUUUUAAAAUCUUUCUUAACUUAACAGCAAUAACUACAACUUUUCACUAUUUCACAAGAUUUAUUUCUAACUUACAGGAGUUUUCCAUCUUUACAGAUAUUGGACACAAAUGAUAUUAUUUAGUCUUAAUUUGAUUCUAAUUAUGGAAAUUUACAAGGCUAUAAUUUUUAUGUAGAUUUUUCUUUUAUGAUUGUCUACUUUAGCUUAGGAAAAGUAUAUUUAUUAGAUGCAAACUUAAAUUUAGUCAAGCUUAGUGAUGAAAAAACUUAAUUGUCAGUGUGUAUUGUUGGAUAUUAUGUUGUUUUCUGUGCAACAGGACCACCUAGUAAUGUAAUUGUUAGGAGUUUCGAUGAUUCAUAUUUUUUUGUUGAUGGUUAAGGGUAUCCACUUGAUCCAUUUCUGAACGUUGUAGUAUCAUAUAACUUCCAAAAAGCAUUUUCAGUGAGAAAUUUUGGUGCCUUUGGUGGGAAUAUUUUAGUAGGAAGUUUAGUUGAUUUGUCCGCCGAAUAAUCUUUUUAUACUAAUACAGUUAUUAUUGGGUUGAAGAUUGAUGAUACAAGACAAAGAGCUAUAUAUUAUGAACACUCAGGAUAAAUUACUGUUAGUCAUUUUGUACCAGACACUUCUUCAUUACUUUCUAGAUACAAUGAUACUACUCCAAUAAAUAAAAUUUAUCUCUUAAAUCAAGAUAAUAUUUUACUUAUUUUAUCAAAUUACCUUUCUACAAUUAGUUAUUUAGAUUACACUUUAAUUAUGUUCAAUUCAUUUCAUAAUUUACCACCUACUGAUUGCUUAAUUGAUAAUGAGCAAGGAAUUAUUUAUAGCUAUAAUCAAGAUAUAUAAAAUAAUUUAUAAAUGUGGUACUACAAAAGAGGAGAAUCUGUACCUUUAAUUUUACCAACUAAAAGCAAGAUUAAUGGAUUAGCAAUAUCAAAGGUUGAAAAUAUAUUAUUUUCAUAUUCUUAAGAUGGAUAAAUUUUCAUUUGGGAUUUUAAAAAUGUCAACCUAAUUAAAAUUCUAUCUGUAAAUAACUAAGCUAACAUUAUUAAUCUUCUGUUAUUUAAUGCAUAUACCCCUCUUUGUAUAUCUAUUAGUUCCGAUUUUAGCACUGUUAUAACUAAUUAUCAAAACGGAAUAAUUUAGAGAGUGAUUACUAAAAAUGGUUCGACAAACAUAGUGAUUGAUCAAGAUAAUUAAAGAUUAUUUAUUUUAGGUUAGAGUAUUGCAGUAUACUAAGCAGCCAGUGGAUAAAAAAUUACAGAAUUUCUUUAAUUUGAUGGAACAGUGUAAAAUCUACUGAUCUAAGAUAGCUAUCUUAUAGCAUAUGCUAAUUAAGUAAUUAUGUCAAUUGAUAGAACUAGUCUAUAACAAUUGUUUACAGGUAAAUUUACAAGGACUAUAUUUUAAAUAUAAGUUAUGAAGAAUUUAGUUGGCAUGAUAGCAUAUAAGGAAAAUUAUUAAAUAGAGAUUUGGAACUUUUAGAGUGGAAUUAUGCUUUCUUCAAUUGUUGAUUAAUAAUAUGGCAAUCCUUUCAUAAAUCUAUUCAUAGAUGAAGAAUCUGAUUUUUUCUUGGUUUAAAACACCUUAAAUAUUUUAGAAACAGUCUUACCUUUCUAGCAAACUAUAAGCCCGAUUAAAGAUUUGAUUUAUACUAAAGUUGCAAACACAGGUGAUGUAGAAUCUAUAAUUAUUGAUAAAUAAACCAAUUAACUUAUUAUUUACAAUUAAGCAUAAAUCGAAAUAAGAAAAUACUAUACCUAUUUAGGAGAUGAAGGAUCGUCUUUCAACUUACCUUCAUAUUCAUAGGUUUAACAAGUCUACCUUUAGAACGUAGAUAUUAUCAUAUAUAUCGAUAAUGAAAGAAAAUCAUGGUAAAUGAAGGAAAAUAAGCUUCUCUUUCUCUAAAGAUUAGAAGAAUAUCCUAAUAAUUUUAUGAUUUUUAACGAAUAUUUAGUUUUAAGCAAUUCAAAAGCUAUCAUUUUACUUAGUUUUGAUUUAUACCAGCUCUCAACUUUUUAAGUCUCUUAAAUAUAAGAUAUAUAUCCUCUUGAAACUAGCAAUCUCUUAUUUGCGAUAACUGAAGACUUUACAAUAAUUUAAAUUUUAUUAGAUACACAAAGUAUCUAAAUGAAAUUAUUAAAUACCUAUGAUGGAACUCAUUCUCAUAGAAUAUCAAAAAUAGUAUUUAAUACUUAACUCAAUUUUUUUUUAGCAUCAGAUGUAUCAGGUAUAAUAUCUAUACACAAUUAUAAGACUCAAAAAACUAUUCAAAUAAUAUAAAAAAAUACAUAAGCAGUUCAAUAAUUAAUUUUAGACUCUUAACUUUAAAUGCUCUUUGUUUGCUCAUAAGAUGGAAAUCUAGACAUCUAUAAUUUUGAAUAAAAAUUAAAUUAAUACAAAAUCUACUAAAAUAUAAAAUAUAAUACUGCAGUUAUGUAAAUAUAAUAUGAUGAAAUAGCGAAAUAACUAUUUGUUUGGAAUUCUUUACAGUAGAAAGUUUAAGUUUUUAAUUAUCAAAACUAAGAAUUUAUUUUGGCUAAUUAAAUUUUAGCUCCUAGUGAUUAUGGAGUAUAGGUUAAAAUUUCUAGAUAAUUUAAUCUUAUUUCUAUUAUUUGCACAUUCUAAAUUAACUUCUAUAAUUAUUCAAAAGACUUUCAAUUUUUGAGUUAUUUGAGAUAACCAUCAUCAAUUUAUGAUAUAGCUGAUAUAAUAUUCUUGUCAAGAUAGCUUAUUGUUGUUGUUUGUAAAAGCCAAAUUCUAGUUUUAAAUAUUUCUUAGCAACAAGCAAGCAUAUAAAAGAAAUUUCCAAGCUUAUAUUCUUAAAUAAUUUUUUCAUAGUUUGAAGAUAAUAUCACAGUAAAAUUGAAAGGAGUCAACUAAGUAGGCAUAUUUAACUAUACUUUUGUUUAAGAAUUGCAGCCAACUGACUUAAGCUAGAUUUGCUACUACAACUUCAAAUAAACAAGCACCUAUUUCUAAUGGUUGAGUGAUUUGAAUCUUUAAAUACAAUCAUAAUAAAUAUUAGGUUAAAAUUAAAUUUAAACAUAAAUCUUGACUGUUGAAAUGAGUAAUAACUCUGAAUUUAACCUCAUUCCAUAAAAUUAGAAUUAAAAUUAGUUAAAUCAAAUUUAUACAUACAGUAAAGAGGAUGAUUUUUAAAAUAGUAUUAAUAUAAAAUUUACUAGUUUUUUGUAAUUUGAGCUUGAAAUAAUUUAAAUACGAGAUUUUUUUUGGGUUUUAGAUGACUACAAUUAAGUAAAAUUUAAUCCAAAAACUUAGAAAAUAAUAUUAAUGAAUUAAUCUUUGCAAAGUGAAUUUCAUGGAAACAGCAUUUAACUCUAAAAUUUAAAUUAAGUAAUAAUGCAAAACAUAACAAUUUAAAAUUCAAAAUUUUAAAAUAACAAUAUUACAUAAGCUGAUAAUCCUUAUUUUUAUAACAUAUUUAAUGUCAACGAAGUAUAUAUUUCAAACAUUAAAAUUACUCAGUCAUAUUUUAGUAAUUAGGUCUUAUUAUUAAUUGAUAGUUCAAAUAUAGUUACUAUUGAUACUUUAGAAAUAGAUUAAAUAUAUUACAAUAAUAUAAAUUCUUUAAAUUAACAAGAUGUUCAAAAUUUACUUUUUAACUUGAUUGUAGUUAGAAAUUGUAUAAAUUUAACCAUUAAAAAUGUUGUAUUUAGAAGUACCUUGACAUAGAUGACUUUCAUAGUAAUGAAUUUGAAUGCCAAUUAAAAUUUAAUAAUUGAACAGUUUAACGCUUAAAAUUGCUAAAAUAUUAUUCUUUUGAGCAUUUCUCCUACCAAUUAUUAGCAAGAUAAGACAAUAAUCCUCUAAAAUGAUAUUAUAUAACUUUCUUAAUUCUAAGUUUCUAAUUGUCAGACUCUAGAGAAUCAUCCUCUUAUUUACUUAUAAUCUAAUAAUAUAUUGAUAAAUAAUACUAUUUUUGAAAAUAAUUUUUGUAUAAAUUCUUAAGGAUGCUCUUUUUUAAUUUAAUAAAGCUACUUUGUUAUGUAUAAUUCUAUUUUCAUUAAAUAGUAAUCAGGUCAGGGUGGUGCAAUUAGUAUUACAAAUACAAUUAAAACAAGCUUAAUUUAAAAUUGCACUUUUUUUAACAAUACAGCAUUUGUAGGAGGAGCAAUCUAUUUACAAAAUUCAGAUAUAGAUGUUGUUAAUACAACAAUAAUAUACAAUAAUGCAUUUAUAGGAGGAGGAAUUAGAUAUAUUCAAAAAAUACCAAAAUUCAUUUAUUAAAAUUAAAUAGAGUAAACAACUAAUAAUAUUUCACAAAAUUAAGCUAAAGUAUUUGGAAAUAACAUAGGAUCAUAUCCUAGAUAUAUGGUGGCUACAAGCUUAAAUACUACAAUAAGAUCUCUUUAAGAAAGAAUAAGCUCAAACGAACUGUAGUAAAUGUAUAAUUACUAAAUAGACUCUUUCAUGAGUGGGGAUUAUUUCAAUAUAGGUCUCAAAGUGUUUGAUGAAGAAGAUAACAUUGUUUAAUACUAACCAAAAGAUGAUAUUCCUGAUGUUAUCAAAACAGAAUUAAAUUAGUAUUCUAUAAAUUGCUUAUAAGGAGAAGAAAUAAAUUUAAGUGGGAAUACAUUUUUCAAUGAAUACAACAAUUAUACUUCUUUAUUUAUAAUAGACAAUCUUAUUUUAAAGGGUAAUCCUUCUUCAUAAAGAGAAUUUUAUAUUCAGAAUUAGUUCAUUUACGUACCGUCCAUAAAUAACUCUUAAACUCUAGUACUCUAAAAUAUAAAUAUUAAAGUUAAAGUUAAUUUCAGGAAAUGCCUUGUGGGAGAAAUUUAUAUAACAUAAACAAUUGAUAGCCCAACCUAUUGCAUGCCCUGUCCAUAAGAUAAAUAUUCUUUAAUUGAGUAAAGCCCAACUACAUCAGAUUAAACGUGCAAACUAUGUCCAGAUACAGCUUAUAAAUGUUAAGGUAGCACAAUAAUACUUAAAAAUGGGUAUUGGAGAGAAAAUAACCAAACCGAUAAUAUUGUAUAUUGUAAAAGGAAUGAAAAAAACUGCUAAGGAUAGGAGUCAAAUAAUAUAAAUUAUUGUGCACCUGGAUACGUUGGUCCUCUUUGUGAGUAGUGUGAUUUAAUAGGAGAUGUAUGGAAAAGUAAAUAUAUGAAUGAUGGUUAGUAUAAUUGCGUUGCUUGCAAAGAUAGCAUUCCAUUGAUUUUCUAAUAUGUAGGAGUAGCUCUAUUGAGCUCAAUUUAUUUAAUAUAUGGAAUCAGGUAAGUGAUUAUUACAACUAUAGUUAAAAUUUAGUGCUUCUAUUUGAGAAAAAUGAAUUUGGUAUGCGUAAGUAGGAGUGAAUCAAGAGAUUAGACAGAUAUUUAUAUCAAACUUUUAAUGCAUUUUAUGCAAGUAGGUUCAAUUGUUUACUAAAUACAGUUACCAAAAAUAUUCUAAUUUUUAUCAGUUUCUAUCGGGUCACCAUUGGAUACUUUAAAAUACUCUUAAGAUUGUAGGAGCGUUUUUUUAGCUUAGUAUAUUAAGCCAGCUUAUGGACGUAUUUUAUGGCAAUAAAUUAUAGCAUUAGGAUACAUUCAGUUUCUUAUGAUCUUUUAUUUUUUUGUAGUAAUUACAAAGAUAGUCAGAGCAAAUAAAAAUUAUCUAAUAAAUGGAUUUAUAUUUGUGUUUUUAUUUAUGUAGCCCAAUAUUUUAUCUGGAUUGACUUCUAUGAUGACUUGCAGAUAAAUAGGAGAAAAAUCAUACAUUGCUGGAGAUGUUACUUUAAUUUGCUAUUCAUAAGAACACAAAACAUUUAUAGGCUACUUAAUCAUUCCAUUAUUCAUUUUUUGGGCAAUAGUACUUCCUUUUUUAUGGCUUUAUUGCCUAGUUAUAAAUAAGAACAGACUUGAUAAUUCUAUAACUAGAUUAAGAUUUGGUCCUUUGUAUCAAGAAUACAAAAAAGUGACUUAUUAUUGGGAGAUUACAAAAAUUAAUCUGAAAAUGCUUAUAAUUUUUGUGAGCACAUUUUUUGAGGAUUAUCAAAGUAUAUAAGGAACUCUUUGCACAAUCAUUUUAUUUUUAUAUCUUUUACUUUCUUUUUAUAAGCGCCCUUAUAUUUCAAUAUAAUUUAACAAAACUGAUUAAAUUUGCAAUAUUAUACUGAUAAUAUGUAUUUAACUAAACUAGUUUAUUUAAACUACUUAAUAAGAUCAAUUUCUGGUACUGGCAAGCAAUUAUUUGCUUAUUAUUAUAAACUAUAGCUUUAUGGCUUACCUGAUUUAUAAGAUAAUUAAAUCUAAAUUAAUAAAACUUAUAACUAUUCUUAUAAAAAAAAUAUACUGCCUCAAUAACCUUUUACCAAAAUAGUUAUAGGAUUAUCCUGAAAGGCAAAAGAAUGCUUUUAAAAAUUGGAAAAAAGCUCUUAAACUUAUAUCAAUUCAUCUCUGCCAUUUAAAAGAGUAAAAAGCUUAAAUUGAAAGUAGUAGAUGCCAACUUACUAAAGAAAUAGUUUAGAGAAAUUCUUUGAAAUUUUUUGCACUUAAAAAUUCAAAAAGAGGAGGUUAAGAAUGGGAUUCUCUCAUUUAGCAAUAUUAAAUUUCUAAAUAUUAAGACAAUUAGUCUAUAUGUACAUAAAAGCCAUAAAAUGUUUAGGAUACCAACUUUAAUAUGAAACAAACAAAUAACAUUUCUAGCACAAAUAUGAUAUAACAAAAUAUAACAUAAGAUUAGUAAAUAUAAACUCCUAGGGGUAGUGAACAUGUUUUAUGUAGAUCACCUUCCAUAUUUAAGCAUUAAUUCUUAAAAAAAAUGGAUAUGUGUACAAAAAAUUAAAAUAUAGAAAUUUAAAGUAAAAGUAAUAAAUCCUCAAUAUCCUCUAGCAGUGUAAGCAGUAAUAUUGAUAUUUUAAAUAAAGAAAUUGCUGAGAGUUAGAAAGAUAAUUAACAAAACUAAUAAAACUCACAAAAGUAAUAUUUAGAUAAUUAAGAUUAACAGGACAGUUUAAUAUUAGAUUAACAUAAUAUGAAAGAAGCAAAAGAAGAAGUUACAAAUGUUAUCGAAACAAUGAUCGACAAUUACAAUUUUUAAAAUAUAAUGAAAUUUAAAUGA